AUUCAGUUUUAGUGGUAGGGGAUACUUUGCUGUUAAUUCUUAAGCUAAUCAAUUCCAGUAAAAUCAUUUACAACAAAUUCUUCGACAGAAUACAAUGUCUAUUGUUUAUCUUCUAGAUUGAAGUAAAUUUCAAUACUUAGCAUUGUAACUCAGUUAUUUGUGAGUGCAUUCAUUAAAAAGUUGAGUCGCUUGUCAUUCGAGUUCGGCAUAAAAAAAUUACUGUGGAAGUGUAAUUAACUAUUUAAUUUUUUAAAUUGUAUUAUAAUUAAAAUGAGUAUUCAAGAGCCGCUGGAAGAAUCGAAUUUUCGAGUAUCUCACACUUGGAAGUCUGUGCCUUACAACCAAAAUGAUUCAGUUCAAUCAGAGUAUUUUCUUUUACCACACAAUCUUGAAGUAAGAUUUUGUAUCGUAGCCCAUCGUUUUGAAACUCCAAAUAUUACUGUUAUACAUGUCGAAGUUGAAAAAAAAAGUGUAAGACCUUAUGCUGAAGCUGAUAUUACAAUCACCUUAAGUGAUGGUGCUUCGAAAACUGAACAAAUUCGUGAUUGGAGAAAAUCUAGUAGUGUAUUUUGUUUUUCCAAUACUAUAAACGGCAAUAGAUGGUAUCCAGACAUAAAGUGUGGUAUUAAUAAGUUUCGAUUUAUAAGUGAAGAAGAAGGGAAAAACAUUUUGAAUAAAAAAAAAAUUUAUCCAUUGCAAAAUUUAUUGUUUUCGUCACUUGGGAGUGAUGUCAGUAUAAUUGUGGAAAAUAGAAUUUUACAUGCGCACAAAUUUGUAAUUGAACAUUUCAGUUGUGUUUUCUGUGCUUAUCUUAAAAUGGCGAGUGAUGAUUCAAAUCAUAAUAUUUUGCGUAUAAAUAAUGUGAGUUUUUGUGCAAUGAAAGAAGUAUUAACUUUUAUGUAUACUGGAAAAUUUAAAAAUGAAGGCAUUGCUACAUGGUCACUUGUUGCAGAAGCAGCAAGAAUUUACAAAAUUGAUAAAUUGCAAGAUUAUUGUUACCCUAAAAUACUUAAUUUUGUCGAUUCAAAUGACCUCUCGCAAUAUUUGUUAUCCAAUAAUAGAAUAAUUGCUUGAUAAAUUGUGUGAAAUGUUAACUGGGUAACAUAAGUUGGUAUUUACAGUUUAAAUAUUGCUUUGCUAUAUUAAUAGCUUUUUAUAAUUUUUAAUUAUAAAAUAGUUUUCACUUUUGGAUGGAAAAAAUAUGAGAUAAAAAAAAUUUUGUAUUCAUCGACUGGGUAAAAAAAAUUUUUUUGUUUCGAUAAUAGAUAUUAUUAAUAAAAAUAGAUAAUCUCUAGGACAUUGAGAAAAGUGGGUUGGAAAAUUGACGAAUUUAUGAUGGCUACCAAACUUAAAACAAGAAGUCGCUAAAAAAUUCUGUUGUACUAUAGUUAUUAUUUUGGGCCUCGAAAAAUUUUUGCAAUUUGUAUUAAAAAAAAAAAAAAAAUUUCUAAGGGGUAAAAAUUUUUGUACUUCACUUAAAAAAAAAAGGAUUUUUUGUCCCAAGAAAUUUUUUUCAAUUUAUAUUGAAAAAAAAAAAGUUCUUAGGAAUAGAAAAAAUUUCUUGCCCAUAGAAAUUUUUUAUCACUCCAAGAAACAUUUUUUUCGCUUAAAGAAAAUUUUUGCAAUUUAUGUUAAAAAAAAAAAAAAAUUUCCAA